AUUGUUAACAGUUUUCUUCUUGUUCGGCCCGGGUAACAACAAUGUGUGUCAAAGGUGGUGGGAUAGGCGCCUACGUUGGUGUUUAAUUUGGUACUACACUCAAUAAGAUCACCAAUAAUUCACGAGUGAAAGUAAAUAAACCUGUUUUCGAAGCGAAAAUAUUUAUUGUAUGCCGCAAUAGCCACAAUAAAUUCCAAGCAUGUUCUAUAGAAACGUAGUCUGCUUGCUGAUUGGCUUAAUUGUGGGAGUGCGGCUCACCGAUUUCUGCGAUUAUGUCAAGUUGCAGCAGCCGAACCGCAGUGUGCGACAGAAUUACACAAAUCUUACACACACCAAUACACUUACAGCGGCGCAGGAUGCCGAUACACUUCCGGAAUAUUUGUUUAACACCACUCGUGUUUUGUGUUGGAUCAUGACUAUGCCAGAGAACCAUUUGCGACGUGCGGUGCAUAUACGCAACACUUGGGGCAGACGGUGCAAUAAGUUGCUCUUCAUGACCACCAAAGACGAUAGCUUCUUGGAGACGGUGCGUUUGGAUGUGCCUGAAGGUCGAGAUUAUUUAUGGCACAAGACGCGCGCUGCUUUCAAUUAUAUCAGCGACCAUCACUUAGACGACGCCGACUGGUUUCUCAAGGCCGACGAUGAUAGUUACUUCAUUAUGGAAAAUUUGCGUGCAUUUCUCUAUCAAUUCUCUCCAGAUGCGCCGGUAUACUUUGGCUGCAAAUUUCAUCCGUUCGUCAAACAGGGUUACAUGUCUGGUGGUGCCGGUUACGUACUCAGCCGUGCUGCAUUGCGUCGCUUCGCUGAGGUCGCCUCAUCCAACAACAGCGCGUGCUCGCAAACCCAACUCUCCGAGGACAAAGAGAUGGGUAUUUGUUUGCAGAAUGCCGGCGUUGUGGCGGGUGAUGCGCGCGACGAGUUGGGUGCCGAACGCUUCCAUCCAUUGGCGCCAAUACAUCUGAUACCUGUCGAUACGUCGGAAUGGUAUCCAUUGUACCUGUUCUACAAACGAGAUAAGCAUUUACAAUGUUGUUCGCCCAGCUCCAUUUCUUUUCAUUACAUUAAGCCAAAGGAGUUCUACGUUCUAGAUUAUCUCCUUUAUGUAUUGCGUCCUUUUGGAGUUGGAAGUGGAGCGUCCAUUUUACCUGCCAAGGCGGAUAUGUCGACAUUGUUGGAUAAAUGGAAGAACGAAUUAUCGGAUAAUAUUCUUAAGGAAGAAGAUUAGCUUAAAGGAAUUUUAAAAAAAUAUUUGCAUAUUUAAAUUUAAGGUAGUAAUAAGAUCUGUUUAUUUUUCAUCGCAUUGUUAAUAUAUUUACAUUAAAUUCGAUACCAUAAAAGAAAUGUACAUCUUCGACUUACAUCAAGUGAAGUCAAGUCCUUCCCACCUGGAAAAGGUGUUCCUCUUCCACCAGCGGCUAUAGCGUUGAAUAUUUUCAGGACUGGAGCGUUUAUGUCCACUCGUAUUCGUAGCACCGAACAGAGCAUUAAAUCUAAUCCGAAAUCAUUUUGGAAUUUUGUCAAAUCCAAAAAAAUUAUGCGCAAGUAUACCUACUUCGGUAAUGCUCGACGAUAAAUUUGCUAGUAUUCCUGUCGAAGCAGCUAAUUUGUUUGCUGACUUUUUUAUGUCAAAUUACGUUGCUGAUGACGGCAAUUCCCUAACUUCUCUUCUGAAAUAUGUAUGUAUCUUCUAUUCUUAACUUAGGACCUCUUUUUAUUUCAUCGGAUGACAUUAUAAAGGGGAUGCAUUCUUUUAAAUCUUCUUCGCGGACGGACUGUCUGCUGUCUUAUUUAAAAACUUGCCGGCCUUAGUAUUUCUCUUGAGAUAAUAUUUAAUAGAUCGCUAUCGUCAGGUAUUUUCAUUGAUGACUGGAAGUUAUCUACCAUCACACCUUUUUUAAAAAGUGGAAGAAAAAAUGACGUCCGGAACUAUCGGCCAUGUGUCGGAAUGUGUCGUUAAGGACAAGAUUUAGCAUUGGUUUGUGUCAGGCCUCUCGACAGUAUCUAGUCUUGCAGUUUUUAGCGAAUUUUUUUACUUCUUCGUUCCCGGCAGGAUUCCAAGUCGAUUGGGUUUAUACCGAUUUUUAAAAGGCAUUUGAUAGCGUAUCUCAUAAGAUCUUACUAAAUAAGCUGGUUUGUUUGGGUUUUCACUAACGUACUCUGUUCUUGGCUUUAUUCGGCGUAACACUUCCGAGUUUUCUGACCCAUAUAUCUGUAAAAUUGCUUUUUACGGUUCUUGUGCGUUCUCACUUGGAAUAUGCGGUAAUAGUUUGGAGACCAUAUGACCAACUAUCGAUAAGUAGAAUUGAAUGCGUUCGAAAAGUCUUUCUGAAAUUCGCACUGCGUUCGCUACGGUUUGAGACUCCUGUUCCAUCAUAUGGCUCGCGCCUAAUGCUGAUCAACUUAAGUACUUUAGAAAAGAGAAGAACAGUUCUUUCGUUAUGAUAUAAUUAGUGGCAUCAUUGACUGCCCAAUUUUCUUUGAGUGGAUGAGCUUUAAUGUUCCACAAAGAAGUCUCCGAAAUGAUUACACUUUUUACGGGGAAAGCUUCAAAACUAAAUAUGGAGUAGCGCGCCGAUU